AUGGCACCAAAGCGCGCCUUGCUCAGCUUGCAGCCUUUGCUAGCUGUCCGAUAUGGCACCCGCAAGCUUUUCCUUUCUGGCACUGUCCGUCCCCUUACAUACUCGCCUCUGAGAAAAUCGGACAACUACAAAUUCGACGAAUCACUGGCACCACCGCCUUCGAUAAAGUCUUCAUCGUCGUCCGUCGGGUCGUCCUCCUCCGGGCCAAGGCUGUCGGUCACUUCGACCAGGAUCGACCAGCACGAGCCAUGUGACUCGACUCUUGCCAGAACCAUCUUUGUACGUACCAAGGACGGCAAGCACCUCGUCUCUGUCGUACACACGCUAUCACUACUCUCCCAGCUUGCUUCCAAGUUUGGUCCUAUUCAGCACUUUCACUUCCCACGCGAGCCCUCUUCGCAAAGACUGCUCGGCUAUGGCAGCGUCACUUUUUUCGACAAACAAAGCCUCCAAAAGGCGCUCUCCAACGAUGGCAUUCAUACCGUCAUUCUGCCGCCCAUUGUCCCGUCUAGAGCACCCCGCUCCUAUCUUUCCGACAAAGAGCAUGCACGUCUCGUAGGCAUGCAACCCUUAGUCAGCUGCCAAGCUCCGAGCGAGCACGCCUCCGCUUCACAAACCCAUCUUUCCUCUCGCUCUCUUCAAAACCCUGCAGCCAUGCGUCCGGGUUGGAACGACGUUGCUCCGCUGUGUAACAUGCAAGCAGCGACUGGCUCUCGUUAUUUUGUUGAUCAGUCCGAAGCCACAGACGAAACGCCUCAGGACGCUAUCAUUGCCCACAACUCUGACUUUUACCUCUCUACUUCACACGUUCCCGUCGAGAUCAAGAUGGAGCGUAGAACCUCUUCUCUCACUACACGUCCAGGUGCAAUUGCUACGGCCCGCCUCAGUGGCAACGCUCAUCGCGCCAGUUUGCAUGUCAAAGUACGUGAUGCUUUGCGCCAAUUCGGCGGGUUCAGCAACAUUGUUCAGGAGCAGCGCCUGCUCGACGAAUCUCUUGACUACUCGUACGACGAGCGAGACGCUCGUCCUCGACCCGCAGCUCGCAGUCAUGCGCGACGUCAGCACACCAAGGCAAAUCCGCAGUGGCGAGCCAAUCGUUCUGCACCAUCCUCUUCCUCCAGAAACUUGUUCACUUCAGCGGCCCUACCCAGCGCCGAACAAACAAAAGCCAAACGCAAGGCAGAAUGGCAGCGCAACCGACAUUCCAGCUUUGUCGAUCAGCUCUACCUGCGUCUCACGGCUGGCAAAGGGGGUGACGGCUGUGUUUCCUUCCAUCGCGAAAAGUUUGUUCAAUUUGGCCCUCCCUCGGGAGGCAACGGAGGCUCGGGAGGCUCUAUCUACAUUCGUGCCGUCGAUGGCCCAACCACCCUCGCUCGCAUUUCGCGUCGCUUUCGGGGCGCCGAUGGGCCUCAUGGGCAAGGCAGUUUUUUGCAUGGUAAGAAGAUGGAGGACAAGUUCAUCGAGGUUCCUGUUGGCACUGUCGUGACCGCUACUCGACGUCUCCGCAUCCCCGAGGAGGAGGAAGCCGAAGAGUACUAUCACGACCUGCUCAAGCGUGCGGCCAAGGCCAAAUGGGAUCCUACCGGUGUUGUCGCCAAGGACGACGUGGUGCUUGCUGCCGAGGAAGAGGAGCGUAGACGACUGGCAUGCACAAAACAGCCGCCGCUGGAGCUCGAAUAUGACAUUGAUGAGGCGACAGCUGAAGAAGCAACUCACAAGCAGACUGCCACUGUGGCAAAGGCAAACAAGCUGGAAGAGGACGAGAUCGACGGGGAGGAUCUCUUGGAUCCGGAAGCAGCGCGUCAGCUUCAAACGCUUCGCGACCGCGUAUGGCGUCAUUAUCCACGUGCAGAGGAAACCAACUACCGACGCAACGAGUUUCGAGCGGCCGAAAUGCGUCUCGCGCUCGACCGCCGUCGUCGACGACGAUAUCUUGCCCAGUCCCAGGCAGCUUCCAACGCCGCAUCCGGCCUGGUAACUGUGUCAGUGGCGUCCUCGGCGGAUCAGCCUUCGGCAGCCUCGGUCACGCCAUACGAAGACGAGACGCCCUCUUCAGUGCCAUGGCGUGUCGACCUCAACGAGCCCACACCCGCCGAUUCUCCUGGCAUCCUGCUUGCCUCUGGUGGUCGCGGCGGUCUCGGCAAUCCCACCUUUCUAUCUUCCGCCAAUCGAUCACCCAAAUUCGCCACACGGGGUGAGUGGGGAGAAUCACUCGAGGUCAUGCUCGAGCUCAAGCGACCAUCCGAUAUCGGCCUGGUGGGCUUGCCCAAUGCAGGAAAAUCGACCAUCUUACGAGCCAUCUCGGCCUCCAAGGCACAAGUUGGCCAUUGGCGCUUUACCACGCUUUCACCAAAUCUUGGUGUCGUGCGACUCGGCUCGGACGGCAACGUGAUCGGAGUCGACGACUCCGAAGUGCAAGAAGGUUACGGUGACGAUCGAGCCAUCUACUCCAAGUGCGCAUCGACGGGUGAAGCUUGUGUUGAUGCAGAAGAAGAGUUCCGCCUCGUGCUCUCCGACAUCCCUGGCCUGAUCGAUGGCGCAGCCGACAACCGUGGUCUCGGUCACACGUUUUUACGGCACAUCGAACGCUGCUCCCUCCUAGCCUAUGUUCUUGACCUUACCGAGCCGGAACCGUGGCGUGACCUGAAAGUGCUGCACAACGAACUCGCAUCUUAUCGAAACGAUCUCCCUACCAAAGCGCGCCUGGUCAUCGUCAACAAAGCCGAUCAAUUCGAAACGCCAACAGAAAUCCAGGACGCCAAGACCAAGCUGGACAGAAUCCGUCGUCAAGCUCUCGAGAUCUUCCAGGAUCAACAAGCGUUGAGUGGUCGCGUCGUAGCUGUUCCAAUGAAAGUUGUGACGCUCUCGGCCAAGAAAAAGCAGGGAACGGCCAUGUUGGCAAAAACUCUGGUCGAUUUGCUAAGCGCACAGCGUGACGCCGAGAAUGACACUUCAGAGCAAACAUCUGUGUAA